CGCACGUGAAGGCGACGAGCUUCAAUCGUUUGCUGCACGCACACGCACAUUGCAAACAGAUACGCGCAAGGUGGCCUCGUGGCGACCUUCUCUCGGUGGUCAUUUUGAUUCCUACCGGCAAAUUCGCGCUGUAGCCAAACAGCCGCAUCCGCCUGGAUGCAAUCCUAUUUACAUCAGACAGCCCCGCAGCAGCAGUAUCCGCGCCUCGACAUGGUUGGCGGCAAGAUGGCCUACUAUGGAUCCUCCACGAGCUCUCCUCCGGGUGGGUUGGGACGCAAGUACCAUGAUUCCACAGGCACUUAUUCCGAGACCGAAAGCGAGCCCGAGCCGCUUCCAUUCUGCUCCUGCGAUGAGGAUUACUUUGUGCGUUGCGAAUAUCACCGCGGAGAGCACCACGGUCUGAGCUUCGAGCUCGCGCAUGACUUCGUGGACCUCAAGCACCUGCUUCGCAUUAUUCAGGAACAGGAGGUGCGCCGCUACGUGUAUCAGGGCACACAGGUGGGCAAGGUCAUCGAAUUCCUCACACUGCGCCACUUCCAAAUGAACGAGAUCCAGCUCAACUCGCUUACGCGCCUCAUCCGCGACAAGAUGGCGCACGUCCGACAGAUCCACCUCAUUGACACGCUGGACGCUAACUUCAUUCACCAGCAUCGCGUCGCCUUCCGCCGCUUCUGCACUGCUAUCUUCGCUGUGCACCCGGUGAUCAAGUAUAACUCGAUGGCUGCCGAACUGCCGGAGGAGCAGCGUGGCCUCAUGAAGGAGAUAGCCAUUCGCGAAUGUCCAAUGGACAACACAUUUUUCGCCAGCAUCGGCUCAGCAAUGCACUAUUCGAACACGCUCCAAAACAUCGACCUGCAGGAGCUGAUGGACCCGGCUCAAGUAAAGGAGGAGGACCUGCACCUAUGCUGGGGCUGGUUGGUUUAUGGUCUGUUCCACCCCAACUCGACCGCACGCAUUGAAAAGCUGGACUUGUCACGCAACAUGAUGCGCAUGAAGGACAUCCGUGUUGUGGAAGGUAUCAUGUCUGGUGGCCACCCGGCGCUGAUUCUGUUGAUUCCGGAAUACGCAGCCGCCCUGCAACGUUAUAGCAAGAGCAACCGCGACAAGAUUCUGCGCGAGGACGUCAAGCGUGCGUUGCUGAAAGGAAUUCCACAUCGCCGAGUGUUCGCGCUCAUCAAAAAGGGCACCACUGUGCGUCCGUUGCCGACAUCCAAGCUUUCGCAACACGAGGUGUACAACGACCUGCUCGUCGAGAAGGAGCUGCUAGAAGUGUUCUGUAUCUUGCGCAAGUGGUUGUGUGUUGUCGUCCCUGGCUUCGGACUCGGAUGGGUACCACGCCAGAGUGCCAUUGAAAUGACGGAGAUCGGUAUGUCGCCACGGAUAUGCUCGCCGGCGACGCUCAUGCGCUCGGUCUCGUUCUGGAAUAUGAUUGAGGCCUCGGACGCCGAGGGUAUGGUGGUGCCGCUAAUCACGCUUUUCUUCCAGAUGACGGGCAUCAGUGAUCGUCUGGAGGACAUUAACCUCAGCGAAAACCGGAUCGGGAGUCCAGAUCAAUUCGGCAUCCCAGCAACGGAGAUUCUGCACCGGAUCAUCUACUUCUCGCCUUAUUUAACCACGUUAAACCUGUCCGACUGUCAGCUCACGAACAUCACCCCGUUACUGGAGGCGUACAAGAAGGGCCGCUGUCGUAUUCGGAGUCUCAACCUAGACUCGAAUAUGCUUGGGUUCCGUGGUGCGUUCGACCUUGCCAUGCUGCUGAUCAGCGACAGCCAGUCUCCGAUGGGAUCCUGGCUCACAGACCUGAGCUUGCUCUUCAACGAUAUCGACGCCAUUGGUACGCGAGCCUUGUUGGAGGCUCUACAGUACAAUGUACAUCUGGAGCACUUGGCCAUCGAGUACGGCAAUGAGUUCCCUCCAGAGCUCGGCGACUUUGAGUUCACCGGCGACUGUGCCACAUGGCAUGAGAACUAUUUGUUCGAGCGUCUGGCAGUACUACGUGUGUUUGAACGGUUCUCAUUGGGAGAACCGCUGGACGAGAAUGUAAUGCACCUCGUGUGGGAGUUCCUGGGCUUCGAUGAGCCGUGAUCGGGCUAGCCGAUUGAAUUGGAGCAUCCAAAACCUAUUGCGCCAGUGAUCUCCGCCAAAAAAUGUAUGUAUAUAAGGCGCGUUCUCCAGGAUAUAAAGACUAUCAAGGAGCUUCUAAUUUAGUAAUGCACGUUAUUGAAAUUGACUGGUUGGUUUAGACCAGGUCUCCAGAUGUCUCCACUGUAGACUACUGACCUGCUGCUGUAGUAAAUGCUGUUUUCUACGACUUCAACUUGUUGUGUGACGUACA